UAAUACUAUAAGUUCUCUAAGGCACCAGUCUAUUUCUUUUCAGCAAUGCUGAAGAGGAGAGCUGUAAUUAACCUGCAAGAAGAGGUAGAGCAGCUAGCUUAGCUCGAGCAAGAUGAGCAGGAGACGCAGCAUGUCGCUGAAAUCUCGAGAGUUCAGCGGCAGGCUGCCUCCUCCUCCUUCUUCUUCAUCAGAUCAGCAAGAGCAGUACUAUUGUUCAGGUCAGCAUCAGCAACGAGGUGAAGAUGGCGGCGGCGGCGGCGACGGCGAGAUGGUGCAUUUCAGCCACCCGGAGCACCGGCUGGCGCGGUUCGACUUCCCCUACCUCUUCAUGUGCAUGGGGUGCAAGGAGUACGGCGCCGGCAAGCGGUUCAUGUGCCAGCUCUGCGGCUUCCAGCUUCACGAGUUCUGCGCCCUGGCUCCUCCGUCCCUCCAUGACCACCCUUUCCAUCCCAAGCACCAACACCUUCUCUUCUUCGUCAAACCAGGUGGGUUCCUGCGCUGCAAGUGCGACAUCUGCGGCAAGUCGGUGAAGGGCUUCUCGUUCCGGUGCACGUCGUGCAGCUUCGCCAUGCACCCGUGCUGCGCCGCCAUGUCGCGGAGGAUGGACCUGCCGGUGGCGCACGAGCACCCUCUGAUGCUGGCGCCGUCGCCGCCGACGCCGCCGAUGGCGACACCGACGUCGGACGUCGUCGGCGUCGGCGACGGCGGCGUGGGGACGAGCUUCGUGUGCCAGAUGUGCCGGCGGUGCCGGCGGCCGGCGGGGCAGUACGUGUACCAGUGCAUGCCGUGCGGGUACUACCUGCACGCCCGGUGCGCCAAGGACGUGGUGAACGGGCUGUACGUGCACGGCGUCGCGCCGCCGGAGAAGGGGAGCGCGCUCGCCGCCGUCGCCAGGGUCACCAUCAACGCGCUGUUCAGCGUCAUCGGCGGCCUCAUCGAGGGCAUCGGGGAGGGGAUCGGCGAGGCCUUCGUCGACAACAUCGGGAGGAGCAGAGGCAGAUCAAGCUUCAGAUAA